GCCUUCCAACGAACAAGAUCUCCGUCAUCCGGUUGGUGAAGGAUUCUAUCAUUGGGGGCUGUAAUCGAACAGCUGAGAGUAAAAGCCACAUCAAUCCUUGAAAGUUAGUGUGAGCCAAUCGAUGUGUGUGAUAGAAUGAGUUGUGAUGGUGAAGAAACGAAUUAAAUUUUCAGUAGAGAAGUGUUUUGUCGUCUACUGGAUUCUAUAACGUACUGUAAUUCGCAAUCGUGUAUGAUUUUUUUUUAUGGAAACAGUUAUCGUCGGAUUCUACACAGUGACAUCGGUUGUAAUAGAAAGCUUCAUUAAAAUUUCUUUAAUGAACAUAGCCUUCGUGAAGAGUAACGGAGAAAGUUGAAAAUUAAUAACCGAGAUAAUAACCCGGUGCGCAUAGUCGGGAAAUAUCGAAUCCAUCUAGUUUCGCCAUCAGCGACUGAAUAGAAUCAAAAUGACUACGACACCGGCAUUUCCAUUGGCAGCAAAGAGGAAGAGAGUUUUGAAGCUGUGCUGUCUCGGUGUACUGUUCAUUACAAUUGCCUACGCAAUCAUAGUGAUUGAUCCAACUGAAGUGAUUGUUGAAGAUAAAUUGUCCAUGUAUGAAGGCUCUUACUUGAAUCGGUUGUGGAAAAAACCCCCUCUCGACGUCUUCAUCAGCAUUUACGUGUUCAACAUUUCAAACCCAGAGGCUUUUAUGCGUGGCGAAGAACGACUACGGUUGCAGGAAAUCGGACCGUACGUGUAUCAGGAGUUUUUGGAACAUCACAAUUCAACCUUCAACCCCAAUGGCACCCUGAGUUUUGUGCCGGUUAGGCGGCAAGUGUUUGUACCUGAGAGAUCGGUCGGUGACCCUAAGGAAGAUCGCAUAAUGAUCCCGAACAUAGCCUUGUUGGGAGUGUCGAGUGCUGCUUACAGGAUGUCUACAUUUGCUGCUCUUGCCGUGGCGGCUGCUCUUCGACCGCUCGGCAUGGCACCUAUCUUGAACAUUACUACGCAUGAUCUUCUGUGGGGUUACGACGAUCCGCUUGUUAAGAUUGCCUCUACCUUGCUACCGGACAUAAUUCACUUCCAAAAGCUGGGCGUAUUGGAUCGGAUGUUUGACGAUGGCUUUGACACCGUCACGAUUAAUCUUCCCGAAUCAGUGCGCAACCAACAACAGGCAAACGGUGACAACUCAUUUGUUGACGACGAUGUACCUGAACAAUUACAAGAAGAAUACUAUGACGAAAAAACAUCAGCAGCUGGCAAGAGCGAACCGAUCAGAGACUAUUCGAUAGACCUAUGGAAUGGAUCGCCGGGACUGGCCCAUUGGGGUUACGUAGGAAAAGAUCGAUGGGAUGCCAAUGAAAGAAACACACCCUGCAACACUCUUCAGGGAUCUUAUGACGGCUCAGUGUUUCCACGUAAUAUCUCUAAAAAAGAGGUGUUUAAAGUGUAUCGCAAAGCUUUUUGUCGCACUCUUCCGAUUGCUUAUGAAAGGGAAGGCGAAGUGGAUGGUAUCAAAGCGUAUUGGUUUUCGAUACAGGAGAAUGCAUUUGAAAGCUCUCUAGAUGAUCCUUAUACCUCUUGUUACUGCAGAAACAAUCAAUGUCUUCCAAAAGGUCUGGGCGAUUUAAGCCCCUGUUGGUAUAACAUUCCCGUAGCGGUAUCACUACCGCAUUUCUACAAAGGUGAUCCAGGGCUCGUAAAUGCGAUUGACGGACUAAGUCCAAACAAAGAUAAACACGAUGCCGUUAUCAUUAUGCAACCGCAACUCGGUAUUCCCAUGAAGGCAAACAUUCGGGUGCAAAUCAGUCUUCUCUCUAAUAUCAGCUUCAACUCCGAAUUGAAGCCGUUUCACAAUACGGUGAUUCCGUUGAUAUGGGCAGAGAUGUCGUUAGAGAAGCUAACACCGGAGCUCAUACUUUUGUUGAACCUCCUGUUUGACAUAGCUCCAUACUUACAGACUGGCAUCGUGUGCCUGUUAGGUCUUUUGGGAGCCUCGCUCAUCGCAACAGCGGCACUGGUGUUGCUGUGUUCGGCCGAAGCGGCAAAGUUCGAGUAUGAUCCACGCAAAUCGAUCCGGUAUUCAACGGUCAAUAUGAUCCCGUAUCCUUUAUUGCGAAAGGAGAUUGAAAAAUAUGGCGAUGGGGAACCGAUUCGCAGGGAACCGUUGCUGAUAGAGAACUAUGCGUGAAAUCAGCAGAGGCUGCAGCAUAACUGUAUACACUAGAGCACCCUUUGUUUGUUGAAUCUCUCCGCUGGUCGGUGACGGUCACCGUUAUCGUCGGUGGGGACAUUCGAACUGAGAUUUUAUUCUUAUAGAAUAAUACCACUAAGCUAGCAUCCGCACACAAAUAGUCAUGUGCGCAAGAACACAACUCGGAAAAAUGGUAGAACUACUUAAUUGUGAUAUUUUUUAUGAUAACUAGCUAGAGGUAAAAACACCGUUGGAGGGUUCAGUAUCUUUACACUGUAGAAACGUAGUUACAAUUUUAAAUAUUGUUAUUUUUUAUCAGAUAUUUCCGUCGUCGGAGUUUAGAUGGUUUUAUAUACGUUAAAGUAAUAAAGGUGGUGUUAAUAAUUAAUGUUA